UUUAGUCCAAUAUGUUGACUCUGAUUCAACCACAAAUUGACAAACCUACCAUCUUCAUCUCCAUUUCUAGUUUCAUCCCCUUUUUUAAUUUGAAGUUUGGAAAUCAAAUCCAAGAAAACCUGCAUCACAGUCAGACCCACUUGCAGUAAAGGAAUCAAGCGGAGACCAGAGAUGAAGACACUGUUUUUGGUUUGAGAAGAUUCUGAUUGUUCUUGAUACAGCGGAUCUCCGCUGUGAGGGACUGAAGGGUGGGUUUCCCUUGUUCGCUUUCUUCUUCGAUUCUGAGGCGAAACUCCCAGACGAAACGAAGGAGGAAGAGAAAGAGAGAGAUGGGUAAGGCUCAGGAGUUGUUCAUUUACAGCUUCGUGGCUAGAGGUACCAUGAUUCUGGCGGAGUACACGGAGUUCACCGGCAAUUUCCCUGCAAUUGCAUCUCAGUGUCUUCAGCGCCUCCCUUCCUCCAACAACAAAUUCACUUACAACUGCGAUCACCACACCUUCAACUUCCUCGUUGAAGAUGGCUAUGCAUAUUGUGUAGUCGCCAAAGAAUCUGCAGGGAAGCAAGUCUCCAUAGCCUUCUUGGAACGGAUGAAAGCAGACUUUAAAAAGAGAUAUGGUGGAGGUAAAGCUGAUACUGCCAUAGCCAAAAGUCUCAACAAGGAAUUCGGACCUGUUAUGAAAGAGCAUAUGCAAUAUAUCAUUGACCAUGCUGAAGAGAUUGAGAAACUUUUAAAAGUGAAGGCUCAAGUUUCAGAAGUUAAAAGCAUUAUGCUUGAAAAUAUUGACAAGGCUCUUGAUAGAGGCGAGAAGCUAGAUAUUCUUGCUGAUAAGGCAGAAGAUUUGCGUUCUCAGGCCCAAGAUUUCAAGAAACAAGGAACAAAAAUCCAGCGGAAAAUGUGGUAUCAGAAUAUGAAAAUCAAAUUGGUUGUUCUAGGGAUCCUCUUACUUCUAGUCCUGGUGAUCUGGGUUUCUGUUUGCAAUGGUUUUAACUGCACUAAUUAAUGUUCCUUAAGCAUACAAGCAUACAAUUCUGGAUUGAUGCAAGCAGAUCUUCGAUCAAAAUGAUUGAAUUCAUCAGGGCAAGGCAGGGCAGGGGGGAGGGCAGAAAUUUGGUUUUGGAUGUAAAGUUCUUUAUGCCAUUCUUUUUUAACCAUCAUAUAGAAGAAUUCCGUUGGAGGCAUCACUUUAGAAUGUGAGAUUUAUUUGGUGGGAUCAGCAGUUGUCUUGUUUCAGUUCCUUUUCUUUGUUUCUCUUUUGAAAAUAGAGUACUUAAGGUAAUGGAUAUGUAGUGAUAUGUUGAGAGUUUGUCUGUUGUAAGGACAUUUGUUUUUGCAGGUAAGCGAAACUAAUUUAUUGGACCAUUGUUUUGUAACUG